GCGGUAUGAUUUUUAAUCAGCGAGCACGAAAGCAUAAUUGAAAAAUAUGGUAAUAGCAAAGGUCUCGAUCCUCCUGCUCAUGUAUAUAGAGCAAGUGACGUUCAAUUCAAUUCUGUCUCAGCUCUCUUUCUCCAGCCAACCAACCCCCUGCAACCCAUCACAUCUCAACCUCGAAACUUCACAAUGAGUAUCUCAUCAGUUGAGAAAUAUGGCUGGACAGCAGUUCCCAGAAAAGUCGAAUUGUUGCUUCAACAGUCCGAGGCUUCUGGUCCUGCAAAGCCCAUCUUCGUCUCCUCAAUUCGGCUUCCAGACUCCGAUCUCGUAAAAGCCGUCCACGAGUAUGCAAAGAAAGAGCUCGCGGUGGAGACCUUCAAUCAUAGCAUGCGUGUCUACUACUAUGGCCAAGCUAUCCUUACCCACGCUUUUCCCUCCUGGUCAAGCCCGUCCUUCAAUGAAACCUACUUUCUGAGCUGUCUUCUCCAUGACAUCGGUACCACCGACAAGAACAUUUCCGCAACCCUAAUGUCCUUUGAAUUCUACGGCGGGCUGCUUGCUCUCGGGCUGCUGAAGUCCCUUUCCGCCCCCGUCUCUCAAGCCGAGAACGUAGCCGAAACCAUCAUUCGGCAUCAAGACCUCGGGGAAACCGGGACGUUGACAAGAAUAGCGGCCUUAAUCCAACUUGCGACCAUCUUUGAUAACAUGGGCGGUAAUCCGCAGUUGGUGGAUAGAGCGACGAUUGAGAGUGUUGUGGAGGCGUAUCCGAGGAUGAAGUGGAGUGGGUGCUUUGCGAGGACAAUUAGGAAGGAGAAUGGGUUGAAACCUUGGGCCCACACUACGCAUCUCGGGGAAGAAGACUUUCCUACUGGUGUGGCUGGUAAUCAGCUGAUGGAACCGUAUGAGUGA